UGUUGAUUGUCUUUCGUGAAAUGCGCGGCGCCAAUUGUUUGACGAAAUUCUAUCACGGAAAACAAAAAAUUUUUAAAACAGAAACUAGAAACUGGAACUGUAACAAUAAAUUGACUUUUACUUCGGAACUGUCAAAUGGACAAGCUAGCAAAUGCGCAGGUCCAACAGGAAGUCGAAGAGGAGGAGGGUCCUCUCAGUGUUGCUAAAUUAAUGGGCGGGAGCAUCACGGCCAAGGACAUCAAGCUUCUGCAACAGGCCAGUUUACACACCGUGGAAGCAGUGGCCAAUGCCACUAAGAAGCAACUAAUGGCAAUUCCCGGUUUGGGUGGCGGCAAGGUGGAGCAGAUCAUUACGGAGGCCAAUAAACUGGUUCCCCUGGGCUUCCUCAGCGCCCGGACUUUCUAUCAAAUGCGUGCGGAUGUGGUGCAACUGACUACGGGCUCCAAGGAGCUCGACAAACUACUAGGUGGCGGAAUAGAGACGGGAUCUAUCACGGAGAUUUUCGGAGAGUUUCGCUGUGGAAAGACACAAAUAUGUCACACUUUAGCUGUCACGUGCCAACUGCCCAUCAGCCAAAAAGGCGGCGAAGGAAAGUGCCUGUACAUCGACACAGAGAGCACCUUCCGUCCGGAACGAUUGUCCGCCAUUGCCCAGAGAUACAAGUUAAAUGAAGCCGAGGUCCUUGAUAAUGUAGCCUGCUCAAGAGCAUACAACUCGGAUCAACAAACGAAGCUCAUUCAAAUGGCAGCAGGUAUGCUCUUUGAGUCCAGAUACGCCGUUGUCAUUGUGGAUAGUGCAAUGGCUCUCUACCGAUCGGAUUACAUAGGACGUGGAGAGCUGGCCGCCAGGCAAAAUCAUCUAGGUUUGUUUCUACGCAUGCUCCAACGCUUAGCUGAUGAAUUUGGAGUCGCGGUGGUCAUUACAAACCAGGUGACUGCGUCGCUGGACGGCGGACCGGGCAUGUUUGCCGGCGAUGCAAAGAAGCCGAUCGGUGGACACAUCAUGGCCCACGCCUCCACCACGCGACUUUAUUUGCGGAAGGGCAAGGGCGAAACUCGCAUUUGCAAGAUCUACGACUCGCCAUGUCUACCAGAAUCUGAAGCUAUGUUCGCCAUCCUGCCGGAUGGAAUAGGAGACGUUAAAGAAGGCAACUAAGUCGUUGGUCAGGACAACUAAUGAAUGUUUACGCUAGCUUUUAAGGUCUUUAGGAGUAUGCUGUUACAAAUAAAAAACUAUUUAUAAUGUUU